AUGAAGUUCAUCUACGCUCUCGCCCUCCUCGCUGGCUCUGCCCUUGCUCUCCCUGCCAGCCCUCCUAACAGUGGCCAAAUCGUCUCUGAUCUCGGCCCUGAGGUCCAGAAGACCCUGACUGUCACUGGCACCGAUGCCAAGGAGCUCCUCGUUGAGCUCUCCCCUGAGGUUGCUGCACUCGUUUCCGGCCUCGGCCUUCCCAGCGUCGGCGUUCCUCUCGGCUCUGUCGUUAAGACUGCCGCCAACGUUGGUGACCUCUUGAAGGACAUCAGCCCUGAGGUCAAGAAUAUCCUUGUCGUCACUGGUCAGGACGGCAGCGCUCUCCUCAUCGAACUUGCUCCUUCUGUUGCUGCCCUCGUCGGUGGUCUUCUUCUUCCUCCUCUUGCCGUUCCUGUCGGCACCAUCGUCACUACUCUUGGUGACCACGUUAAGCGUGCCGAAGGUACCGGUCAGCUCUUGACCGACCUUGGCAAGCACAUUGACGGUGCCCUUACUAUCGCCGGCCCUGAGACCACCACUCUGCUCCUCCAGCUCUCUCCCGAACUCACUGCUCUCGUCAGCGGUCUCGGCCUCCCUCCAGUUGGUGCAAUUGUCGGCUCCGUCAUUGCCUCAGCCAGCUCUGUCGGUGAGCUUCUCACCAAGGUCGGCCACGGCGUUGACGGUCUCCUUGUCACUGUUGAGCACGGUGGCCAGUUCCUCCUUGUCUCUCUGUCGCCUGUCGUUGCCGGUCUGCUCUCCGGUCUGGGUCUCCCUGCUCUCGGUGUCCCCGUCGGCACCAUUGUCGACACUGUUGCUGCCAACCUGUAA